GAAAAAUUGACAAUGUAAAUGCCAAAAACACCUCAACAGGGUUUAUUUCAGAACAUUUUCAGAAUUUAAAAACAAACAAUGCAGAUUAUAGAGUUGAAAAUGACAAUUCUAAGGAUAAGGAUAGCAUUAUGAAUCCAAGUUUUUUCAUGGAUCCUGUCAAAAAAAAGGAUUUUCAAAGUGAACGCGAAAAGACUAACUUAAAUACCGAUAAUAACAAUAUAAAAAGAUCGUCGAAUAUAGGAAAUCACAGUGAUCUUCAGCCAAAUAUUCCAAUUUUUGUCAGUGAAACCUCCGAAGAACAUUCCACUAGAUACAUCAACGACUGGGAGAACCUUUCCGAUUUUCCGAAUCUUGGGUCCACACCGUCUGUUUCAAACACUGAUACUGACAGUAUAAUUGACAAAGACAGGGAAGCAGCUCCAAUGCAGCUUUAUUGUCCAUAUCCCCCGAAAUUACCAAGAAACAAAUCGGAAAUUCCAGUUGAAAAUUCGAGAGAAAAUUUGGUACCUACAGCAGAUUAUCCUGAUGCUACUAAUUUAAUAACAGAGCCUACUGCACAAAGAUACAAUGGAAGAGAACAAAACUCUCCAGUAGAUUUUUGUCUUGAGAACUAUAUGAUAAAUACGAAUAACAUUGCAAAUAGGCUUGGGGCAAAUACUAUAACGAUACCAUCUGCCGAACAGAUAUCACAGGGAGACAAUUCAUCAAUAAGUGAACACAGGUAUGAUAAUUUCCCGGGUGUGAGUAAAGCAAAAUGGAUGGAAUUACUGGACAGUUGGAAAAUAGGUGGCCGUAUGCUAAAGCCACCACAGAACAGCACACGAAGCAGUGUGUCUCCAAUAUCAGAAUGCUCAACUGAAGGAAGAUGCAGAAUAAAUGGAACAAUUACAUCUAUAGAUAGAGGCUUCUUUAGGCCUGCAAUAAGAUAUCAUGGAUCCCACUGGAUAUCUAGUUUUGGAGGUUCAUCUACUCGACAGUCACUUUCAACAAUUUCACGAAAAUCAGAAAAGAAGAAACACCACAGAAGAAACAUUAUUGUCAUAAUCUUAAUAGCCAUAGCUUUGUUGGCAGCGUUAGCCAUGAUUGUGGGAAUCUCGAUUUUCUUUACCAAAGAAAAAGCACUGCUGAGGGCGCAUAUAAGUUUAAUUAUUGACAACAGAGAAUUCCAUGAUGCUUUGAAGGACACUACAUCCGAUGAGUUUCAAUCUAUUGCGCAGCCACUAUGUAAUGAGAUGCAUAAGUAUUUCCUUACAAGUGAAUUGACCUCCUUUUUUGUUACGUGUAAUGUUAUAAAAAUGGUUGAUGUUGAUGGCAAAGUUGGAGUUUUCUUUGACCUUGAUUUUUUGAAGAAUUCACAGACUGAUAGCAAAAAGACUAUAGAGGACAUCAUUAUAAUGAAAUCUGGAAGACUUGUUAAAAACGACAAAUUGUACCUUGUUAUUCGAGAUUUUUUAGUCUACGUUAAGAGCUUAAAAAUAACACUGGAAACGGUUUAUGUUCCUGGACCUGUUGAACUGCCGGAUAGAGAUAAAUAUCUAACAAAAGUGGAAUGGUCGACAUGGUCUGAAUGUAGUAAAACCUGCGGUGUAGGUAUCCAGAAACGUACUAGAAACUGCACGGAGUUUGAUAUCAAAAAUCGUUUAUGUGAUGGGGAUGAACAUGACGAUCAGGCUUGUCAACAUAAUCCUUGUCCAGCCCUCCUUCGAGCACACAGCAGUUUAAUAAUUGACAAUGAAGAGUUCAAUGAUGUUUUGAAGGACAAUUCAUCCGAUGAGUUUCAUUCCAUUGCAAAACCUCUAUGCUAUAUCAUGUAUAGAUAUUUCCUCUCAAGUGACCUGGCUUCACAUUUCGUCAAGUGUGAUGUUAUUAAUAUGAUUAAUAUUAAUGGUAAAGUUGGAAUCUUCUUUAAUCUGGAUUUCUUAAAGAACUCACCGAUUGACACCGAAAAAAUAGUAGAGGACAUCAUUAAAAAGAAGUCUCCAAAAAUUGUUAAAACCGACAAACUGUACUACUUGAUUCGAGAUUUUUUAGUGAACAUUAAGAGCAUCAACAUAACACUGAAAAUGGCUUCUGUUCCUGGAACCGUUGAACUUCCAGAUAGACAUAAAUAUCUGACAAACGAGGAAUGGUCAAGCUGGUCAAAGUGCAGUAGUUCGUGUGGUGAAGGUUUACAGAAACGUAUACGAUAUUGCUCGGACUUUGAUAUCCAACAUCACUUAUGUGAAGGGAAUGAAUUUAAAGUACAGGCUUGCAUAUCUGAUCCUUGUCCAGUUGAUGGGAAAUGGGGAGAGUGGAAUCACUGGGAGAAAUGCAGUAUGUCCUGUGGCAAGGGGGUUAAAACAAGGAGACGAGAAUGUAACAAGCCUUCCCCAUACGCUGGUGGUCAGAAUUGCAUUGGUGUCAACAUUGAUAAUGAGAAGUGCCAAGAGAGAGAUUGUCCCAUUGAUGGUAUGUGGUCUGAAUGGAACUCAUGGAAUGACUGUUCUGGUAGUUGUGGCGGAGGUAGGAAGAAAAGAUUCAGGUCUUGUUCAAAUCCAAGUCCUCAAUACGGUGGACGGACAUGUUAUGGGGUAUUAAUGGCAUCAAGCAUAUGCAAUGACCAACCUUGUCCAGUUGAUGGAAGCUGGUCAGAAUGGAACGCAUGGACUGAUUGUUCUCUAUCCUGUGGUGGUGGAAUCAAGAAAAGAUUAAGGACAUGUUCUAACCCAGAGCCUAAGUUUGGAGGAAAGGAAUGUAAUGGCAAUGUAGAGGAAUGGGAUAAAUGUGGAGUCGAAUUUUGUCCAGUUGAUGGUGGGUGGACAGAAUGGACAAAGUGGUCUGGAUGUUCCAUGACAUGUGGAAUAGGGACACAUGACCGAAUGAGGACAUGUAAUGACCCUGAACCGAAGUAUGGGGGACAAAAUUGUACUGGGAAUAAUCUUGAUUUCAACCACUGUGACAGUAUUCCUUGUCCAAUACAUGGAGAAUGGUCAGUAUGGAGUGAAUGGACAGGUUGUCCAGUAACAUGUGGACGUGGAAAUAAAGAGAGAAAAAGAUCAUGCAAUAACCCACAGCCUAAGUACGGUGGCAAAGAUUGUUUUGGUGGUAGAUACGAUCACAAGGAGUGUAAUGGAAAGAGUUGCCCAGACUUUACACAUAAAAUUGAUAUUCAAGAAGUGAAGCCGACGAGACAAUUCUGA